GAAGACUGGAGGGAUGAGGGAAUCAAAAUACUUAAGUCCCAAGACUGGGAGAUGGGUGAAAAGACCGGGCUUGAUUUAUGCUAUAUCUUGUGUAAAUUCACAGUCAAGUAGUUCAGAGCUGGCGGGCAAGGAAGAGCUAAAGGCGCGGGGCUGAAGGUGAGGUCAGGAUAAAGACCCGGGUUUGGGAGCCCUCGCCCAGAAGGAAACAGUUCUUAAAGACGGCCUUGGAGGUGCCUGCUCAUUACCAGCCUCGGAGUACGGACGAGGGGGUUCUUUGCUUCUCUCGCUGCCCCUGUCCCAGAGAGGGGCGAAAGCGCGGGUGGGGCAGGCGGUUGGAAUGGUCUCUUCUGGUCCUUGAAGACAGCGUCCCUUGGUGGUAGAGACUGGUCUCGGAGCAUUCAACCUCCACUCUCAGAAAGACCGCUGCACUCGGGCGCAGAGGACCGCACCAUUUUCCUCUCUUCUAGCGUCCCGCGCCCCAGGAUGCUCAUCCGGAAAAAGGGCACUCUGCUCCCCGGGCGUCGGAGCCAAGACUCCCGGCGCCCAGAGCGGCCUAUCCGCCCCUAAGGCGCUUAAAGCUGUCAUCGCCGUACUAGGCGCCCGUCGGUUCCCAAAGCUGCCUUUCCCGGGUUCACAGGCCAAGCCGUCCCCUUCCGCCGCCAGCCGGAAGUGCCUGCAAGUCGAGGUGGAGGGGCUUCCACGGGCCGCGAGGUGACCUGGGCUCGCCAUGGCGGCCUCCUUGGCGGGGAAGAAGAUCGUGUUUGUCACGGGGAACGCCAAGAAGCUGGAGGAGGUCAUUCAGAUUCUGGGAGAUAAGUUUCCAUGUAUUUUGGUGGCACAGAAAAUUGACCUGCCGGAGUACCAGGGAGAGCCUGACGAGAUUUCCAUACAGAAGUGUAAGGAAGCAGCUCGCCAGGUGCAGGGGCCUGUACUGGUGGAGGACACCUGUCUGUGCUUCAACGCCCUCGGGGGCCUCCCUGGCCCCUACAUAAAAUGGUUUCUGGAGAAGUUAAAGCCUGAAGGUCUCCACCAACUCCUGGCCGGGUUCGAGGACAAGUCAGCCUAUGCACUCUGCACAUUCGCUCUCAGCACUGGGGACCCAAGUGAGCCCGUGCGCCUGUUUAGGGGCAGGACCUCGGGCCAGAUUGUGGUACCCCGAGGCUGUCGCGACUUUGGCUGGGACCCCUGCUUUCAGCCUGAUGGAUACGAGCAGACGUAUGCAGAGAUGCCCAAAGCUGAGAAGAAUGCCAUCUCCCAUCGCUUCCGGGCCCUUCGUGAGCUGCAGGAAUACUUUGGCGGCCUGACUCCCAGGACGGGUGAUGAGCACGCUGGCUAGGGAUCUGGAGAAGGCUAUCCUGAAACCUCCCCCAUCAGGCAGGCGCCCCUCCAAGUCCAUCCUUCAGGGGUACCACUUCCUGGGAGUGUUGAGACUUGACAGCCUCACUAGUUUGGAGGAGCAGCUGGCUCUGUUUGGAGAGGUUUUCGGCAAGGGACACCGGUGUCUUCCCCUUGCGGGUUCAGUGGCCUCUCCUACAACCUCCAGCCCGGGAUCCUGAAAGGCCUUUGAGUGUUAAGCUGGCCUUGUCAGAAUUGAGGGUUUGGGAAAAAACCACACAGUCUUAGUGUUUUUAAAAUACAGCAAAUAAAGAUUCUGGAAGGCACUACAAAAUAAACUGGA